AUGGACCCAUACAUCCAAGAUCCCUUUGUUCAGUCUACUCUAACCAGAGUUGAAGCACAAGCCUAUCUACAACGCAUCAAACUAUCUCCUACCCUUCUCGACACGCCGCUCUCUCUCGAAUUGUUAUCGCAGAUAUUGUUGGCCCAGCUGGAGGAGAUUCCAAAGGACACGGGCCCGCUUCACGUUCCAGAGGAGCAAUGGGCAGGGCCUCCAACACCGAUCCAACUCGGCACAUCAUUCAGUAACAUGCCGCUGGGGGUCGCUUCUCUUCAUCGCAUCGUCGAAGAGACCAAAGGCGCAUUUUGUUUCGCCGUCAACGCAAGUUUCGCUGCUCUACUCCGAGCCUUUGGUUUCACCAUCUCGGAAUUAGUUGCACGGUCAUUCAGAUCGUUGAACAACGAUCCGUUAACGCACCCCGACGGAUGGAAAUGGGGCACGUUCACGCAUCAGGUGCUCAUCGCUGGCUGGGCUGGGAGUGAUGACCGGUAUGUCGUAGAUGCUGCCUGGGGACCUUGGGGUUUGGCAAAACCGAUCAAGCUCACUACCAACCCCGACGGUGAAACAGUCCUUGGGCUCAAUGAAUUCGAGGCCUAUCGUCUCCUUCAUGAGGACCUCCCGUUGAAUGCUAAUGUUGCAAGGCCAAUUGAUAACAUUCCAGGAUAUACGCUCUAUAAGCGCAUCGCUCCAGUUGGCACCUCGAUCUCUCUUCCUGUAACAGACGAAUCUCCAGGCUACUGGUCCCCGCAAUUCCACUUUUACCUCAUCUCUGUCACCAAACCUGACUUUAUGCUCUACCAUCACUACUCCGCGACCCAUGUUAAUGCGUCAUUCACCGCAUUUUGGUUGGUUACCAAGCUUAUUCCAGGUGGGAAGGGUGCGAGGUUGCAGAUGAUGUAUGCCGACAAGGAGGGUGAAGGCCGAAGGGCCAAGGUUUAUAUCACCGGCGGACCAGAGGCUCAGGGUAGCUUGGCCGGCCGUGAUGUUCAAUGGGUGGAUAUGGAGACUGGUCCUAUGAAGGAGUUUUUGGUCAAACACUUCGGUUCGCUAAAGAUUCUGGAUCAGAUGACAAACCCAUCCAACAUGACCGCCAUCUAUAACAUCCUUAGCCAACUUCCAGUCCCUAAAGCUGGACAGUUUACUUUCUCUGAAACUGUCCAAGUCAUCAGCACUGUCCGAGACAAUGCCAAGAACACGCGAAAAUCACUUGCGAGCUCAAUAUCGCUUCGCGAGUCUGUAGAGCGUGUUAAUGCCUCAGGCGAAGAUAUGGGGGACAUUGUUGCGUCCACUUACGCUACCAAAGACUCUGUUUCAUACCCUCGACGCGCCAUCUUACGGGAAACUACAAGCAAUAAGCGAUUUCUUGAGAUCUGGCUUGGAAAUACUCUCGAAGCAUCCAGAGACAUCACAGAGGAUCAUGGGGCUGUUUACACCGAAGAAUUUUUCUCGUCAUUCGCCUUCUCGCAAACGUCGCAUGCCUUCAUGUAUGUCGCUGAACAUACCGUUGACGAUCCAACGGACGCUUUUGCGAAAUACCGCUUCAAACCAACACUGGGCGAGACAUACGACGGCAAAACGUCACCCGCUAUUUUCAUCUUCCGCUGGGAUCCCCUCGACAUCGAAUUGCCUUCCUCCUUGAGUCGGAUCGCACCCUCCCUACCAGAUAAUCGUGCCAUUUUACUUGGACAACCAGUUUUCUCGCCCACAGAAGCCAACAUCAUCUAUGCAACAGGCUACGAGUACACCUCCGAUGGCAGGCUUUUGGGCUUGAAAUGGUGCUACAAUCGUCCGUCUGGAAUUUGGCGGCUGACCGUUCCGGAAUCUGACUCGGGGGAGGUCGUCAGCUGUGUUUGCGAGAAGCUCACGAGACCUGAGCUCUCAUGCCGCUCCCCGCGUAUUUACCAUGAGAUACACACAAACGAGGCGACACUUUUGUGGUUGUCGCAUGCCUCUGGAGGGCCACACGCAGGCACAUUCUCGCUACAAGCGGCUAACAUUGAAGGCGGCACGUGGAAUAUACGGACGGUAGUUGACACCGUCCAGGAACCGGCCACAGAUGGCUUUCCUGGGUUAUACCCCGACUCUGGAAACCUCCCCUCUUCUCCAUUCCUCGUUCUGGACAACGAAGCUUUCCUCGUCGUCAGCACUACUUGGAACUCUCAAGGCAUGAUAUUGCUCGUUUCGCUGCACGAUGGGAGUGUCCGAAACAUCACUCAAACCAAACAAACACUAUAUUCCUGGUCGGUCCUUGCAACGGAUGGUCAUACUCGACUGUUGUGCUCCAGAAGCGCACUCACUGUACCCUAUGAAAUAGUUUUAGGCGAAGUCGACAAAACGGGUUAUGCUGCAUGGAAGGUUCUGGCUUCACCGUACACCUCUACUACUGUAACAGCCACUUUGUCGACCAUUUCUUCAUCCAUCAUCGCGAUCCCAGGUAGAGGCGCCACCCAAACGAUAAUCGUCCGCUCGCCCGAUGCUCCUGCCACAAAUCCAUGCGUUCAGUUUAUUCAUGGUGGCCCACAUGCAGCAUGGACGACGGUAUUCUCGCCUGAAAUCGUGGACUGUGUGUUGCGUGGAUACACUGUAUCCCUCCCCAACUAUCGUGGUUCUCUUGGUUAUGGCGAGAAGUCUGUCAGGUCGCUGGUAGGUAAUUGCGGGUCGCUUGAUGUUCAAGACUGCAUCGAAACUGCCCGACACCUGGUCAAGAUGGGGCUGUCAUCUGAGGGGCCCGGGAAGCAGUUUGUCUCUGGGGGAAGUCAUGGCGGCUUCCUUACAGCGCAUCUUAUCGGCCAAUAUCCCGAGUUCUUUACUGCAGCAACGCUUCGCAAUCCAGUGAUAUUUGCGGAUGCAUUAUCAUCGGAUAUUCCGGACUGGUAUUCUAAUGAAUGGGCCAUCGAAUACCCCAUGCUCUCUUCCGCGCUGGGAUUGCCUGGCAAAGAGGCGAGGCCAGCAGACCUGCCACGGCGCAACCCCGAAGACCUUGUGCGGCUUUUCAAAACAGCGCCAAUCGCACAUGUCGACAAUGUCAAAGCCCAUGUUCUGCUCCACAUCGGGGGCUCUGACGUGCGGGUGACGCCAACUCAGGGCAUUGAGUACUACCAUGCUCUUCGCGGCAAACCUAGGGAGGGUCGUCACGUGGAGAUGAUGGUAUUCCCCGAUGAGGGCCAUUCGCUGGAUGGAGUGAGGACGAGCAAGGUGGUUUGGGAGUCGACGAUGCAGUGGUUGGAUCAAUACCGGGAAUAA